GGCGGAGUUUAAAUUGCGCUCGCGCCGGGUCUGGAGGGUGGAGUCAGGCCAGCCCUCCCAACUCCCUCCUGCUCUCUAAACUCUGUCUUUUCUGUACUAAAUUCGGGUGUUUGCCUGAAACUUUCCGCCGUUCUUCACCUUUUCAAACCCGGCUAAUAUCAUUGGCGCCUGAUGCUGAAUUCCGCAGUUUUAUUUUCAGAAACUCCUGUAGCUGUGAUGGAUCUCCAGCUCAGCCUCUUCCUCGCGCUCAAGCGUAAAUAUGGAAAACUUCUAGAAGAAUUUCACAACAAACCAAUUCUUAAUUUAGGAGUUCACUAUCGAGACUUCAAGAAAGAGAUCCCAGAAGAAUGUUUUCUCCAGCACGAGUUCAGAUACUUUGACAUUUCGGAUAUUUUCAGCCGUGGCGUUUAUUCUUACAGCACGGUGAUUGACUUCUUUGUGUGCGAAUGUGAUCACAGCAGCAGCAGGAAAACGGUCUUCACCAUCGGAGUGGGUGGAACCGGGAAAAGCACUCUGGUUCAGAGCUGCUGCUUCGAGUGGGCCGAGCAGCGCGGCUGCCCUUACAUUUGCUGCAUGUUUCCGUUCGCCUUUUGGGAGUUGAACCUGAUCAAGCACAAGCUGAGCCUUCUUCAGCUUCUGCAGACGUUUUAUCCGGAGCUGAAGAAGAUUGACGCCUCGCGGCUCAACCACCCCAAAGUGUGGUUCAUCUUCGAUGGGCUGAACGAGUCCAAACGGAGGCUGGACUUCAGCUGUCCGCCCGUGACUGACAUUUCCACGGCAGCUCCGGUUGAGGUGCUGGUGACCAAUCUGAUCAGGGGGAACCUGCUCCCUCGAGCCCACAUCUGGGUAACCUCUCGGUAUUCCGGAGUCUCUCAAAUUCCCGAUUGUCAUUUGCUCACAAAAACAGAGUUGCAGGGCUUCACGGACGGGCAGAGGAAGGAUCACAUCUUCGAUAUUAUUGGUAACCAUAAAAUGACUGACAGAGUAAUGGACCAUAUGGCGUUCCACAAGAGUCUGGACUACCUUUGUCAGAUUCCUCCCAUUUGUACUUUAACUGCAAAUGUUUAUAAGAAUCAUCUUAAAGGAAAAGAUGGAUAUAAACUGUACCCUCUGAGUCUCACGCAGAUCUACACUCAGGGUUUAAAUCUGCAGAAGACGUCUCUCCCCGAAACUCUUUCCAAACUGAAGAACCUGGCGCUGCUUCGACUUGGAGAGGAGAACCUUAUGUAUGAGGAAGACCUUCAGAAGAUGGGCGUUAAUGUUGAGGAGGCAACGGCUUUUUCCAAAAAGCAUCCGUUCCUGCUAAAAAAAGAGCAGGGCCUCUAUAAAACCUCCGUGUUUCGCUUUGGUCACUCCAGCGUUCAGGAGUAUUUAGCCGCCUGCUGCAAACUGGACGAGAUCGAGGCGAAGAAGCCUUCGCUCCACUCCGACUGCUGCGUCAAGUUGGUGGAGGAGGCGCUGCACGAUCCCCGUGGAAAGUACGACGUCUAUCUGCGUUUUGUCUUUGGGCUCCUUAAGGAACGCCGCCUACUGAAGUCCUCCGACAAGCUCUUCCUCUACACAAAGAAGAUGAUCCUGGAGUAUUCACUGUCCACGCGCUCCGUCAGCCUCUUUCACUCUCUGCGGGAGUACGACAGCAGGGCUUUCCUGAGCGAGAUCAAACACUUUCUGAGGAACGGCUUUUCCAGUCCAAUCGGAGACUACUCAGCGGUACAUUGGAAUCUCAUCUUGGAAAGAGUCAGGAUCAUCGAGGGGCUCCAGGAGGAAUUUGAGCUGGAUGUUUUAGACAAAAGUGACGAGAAAAUUCUGGGACACCUGCCGGACAUUUUAAAAUCGCUAACGGCUAUGUUGCGGUUCUCUAACCUCACGUAUAAGUGCUGUCCCGCUCUGUCCGCCAUGCUGAGCAUGGGAGAGACCCACCUGAGAGAACUGGACCUGAGCUACAACAGCAUCACCAACGAUGGCGUGAAGGAGCUGGUGGAGGGUCUGAGCCACCCAAGCAGCAGGCUGAAAUGUCUGCGGCUGCAGGGCUGCGGGUUGAGCGCACCAGCCUGUAAGUAUCUGUCCGCGGCCAUGAAGCGAGCGCCGAAGCUGGUGGAGCUGGACCUGAGCUGUAAUGACAUCGGGGACGAGGGCCUCCAGAACCUCUCAUGUGGACUGAAGGAUCCCAGCUGCCGCUUAGAAGGCCUUAGACUCUUGCAGUGCAACAUCGAGCCACAGGGCUGCGCUCACUUGGCCUCGGCCCUGCAGCAGAACCCCUCCUUCCUGAAGUAUCUAGACCUCAGCCUCAACCCCAUCGGAGACAAAGGAGCUGUCGAGCUCUCCAAAAAGUUCGACCUGUCAAAGCUGCACAAGCUGGAGAUGAACCACUGCGGGCUCACCCGGCCGAGCUGCGCCGGCAUCGGAGAAGCUCUGGGGUUGGAGUCCAGCGUUCUGUGGGAGCUCAACCUGGGCAAUAACGCUCUGAGUGACGAGGGAUUCCAGCUCCUCUGCGAGGGCAUACGCAAAUGGGCCACGCUGACUCACCUGAACGUCUCCAGGUGCUGGAUCAACGCGAAGGGCUGCUCCCAGCUGACCAAGGUUCUGUGUUCGGUCACGCAGUUCCCCCACGGCGCCAUGCAUCACCUGGAGUGGUGGAGACUCCAGCUGGUGGAACUGGACCUCAGCAUGAACUGCCUGGAAGAUAAAGGAGGAAGAGCCAUCGCAGCGGGCCUGAAGAAAUCCCUCAUCUUCCUCAAGACCCUCAACCUGAGUCACUGCUGCCUGAGCGACGAGUGCUGCGACGAACUUGCGUCCGGACUGGCGUCGAGCGACAGCAGGAUCAGCGAGCUGGACCUGUCCGGAAACGAACUGCAAGACCGCGGAGUGAAAAAACUCUGCGUGGGGCUGAAGAGUCGCAGCUGUACCCUCAUCAGUUUGGCAUUGAGAUGCUGCGAGCUGACCUCCAAGAGCGUCCCUGUCCUGGCUGCUGCCCUGAAGUCCAAUCCUCAAUAUCUGACCGAGCUGCAUCUGAUCGGGAACAGCAUCGAGGACUCGGACAUCGGGGUGUUUUUAGAGCUCAUCAAGAACCAGAAAUAUGCGCUGGAGAUGAUCGAUGUGACUGUGGAUUAAAGGACCAGAAAUGGAACCACAAAAACUGUUUGGAUUUGACUUGUUUAUCAAAGCUACUUUUCUAAACAUUUUUAUCAUGCACGGUGAGAAAAGUUGCUUUUGUCAAUUAGUUUUUUGUUCAGGUUAUUCUUCAAAAAAUAUUCUGAUAAGCAGAUUGAAAUCUGUGAUUAAAAAAAGAAAGAGAAUCCUUAAAUAAGAACUUUUAAUGGAUGGCAAAAAGGUCAUUUUUAUUAUGUUAUUUAGUUGCUUUAGAUAUCUAUUUUUUUUUACUUUUAAAUGCCUUUAUAGUUCAUUUUAUAUGUCAAACCAGUGUGAACGUUUUUGCAAGGUUUGUUCAAUAAAAUGCAGUUAAUGUUUGGCUC